UUGCUCCCAUUCUCCAGGUAAUUCCUUUGUCUCACCGCCUUGGAGAAAUAAAGGGGUUUUCAUUCUUGCAGGUAGUUUUAAUGAAGAUGGUCUUUGCUCAUUCCAGGACUUGCAAUUUUAGCAAGACAUAUCUGGCCUUUGUUUCUUUUCAUAUGGGCGUCCUUGCUCUGCUUGUGAUCACAUAAUUUAACCUGCCUGCACUUCCAGUACAUAUUCCAAAUGUGAUCAUUGCUACUGGUCCUGAUACUGAUUUGUUGCAUUUUAAUGCCUCUCAGCUUCAUUGCUUUCUGGAAUUGUACAAUUGGACCUUUCUAAAAUUCCCCAUUAAUCCGACUAGUGAAGCAGGGUCUCACCUGAUCUGCUAUGUAGUGGGGCUGCACUGUUAAAUGAAGGUUAGUCUCCCCAAGUACUGUAGGUAAAGAGCUUUGGGCUUUGAAGGAAAAGUGCUCCAUAAAUGCAAGACAUUUUAUAAUUAUUAAUCUAUAAUCUAUAGUACAAUCAUGGAUUUCUCUAAUGAAAUCCUAAACAUGAGAAAUUAGCUCCAACGUUUAGUGGCGCUCUUGUUUUUAAGAGCACGACACGUGCCGCUGAAACAGGCAGGUUAUCCUGUGUCCCACCUUGGUGUGUUUAUAAACAAGUACAAGCAGAAAGGUUUCUUGUUUGCCUCACCAAGAAUAACCCAGCUUGCGAUAGCACUGAAGUCUCUUAUCGUGGCCCAGAUAAGAGGAGAGGUGAGUGGGUAUAAAAGCCGGAGCACAGGAGGGGGAGUGUACCUGAAGAAGACCAUCUGAGAGAAGAUGUUCGCGAAGUGCAGUUUGCUCGUGGCCACUCUGUGCCUGCUGGGCUGCUGGGGUCAGUACGCUCCUGACCUGGUGACCUCACUCCCGGGGCUGUCAGAGACCCCCAACUUCAAGCACUACUCCGGAUAUCUCCAGGCUGGGUCUGGCAACUACUUCCAUUACUGGUUUGUGGAAUCCCAGAACAACCCCUCUACAGAUCCCCUGAUCCUGUGGUUGAACGGAGGUCCUGGCUGCAGCUCUAUGGAUGGGAUGCUGUCGGAGAAUGGCCCUUUCCAUCUGAACGAUGACGGCACUGUUUACAUGAACCCGUACAGCUGGAACAAGCUGGCCAAUGUUCUGUACCUGGAGUCUCCGGCCGGCGUGGGCUUCUCCUACUCCACCAGUCAGAACUACCAGACCAGCGACCCGCAGGUGGCUGCAGACAACUACCAGGCCCUGCUGGAUUUCUUCUCCAAGUUCCCCUCCUUUGCCGGCAACGACUUCUACGUCUUCGGAGAGAGUUAUGGGGGGAUCUACGCGCCCACCCUCACCCAGAAAAUCGCCAGCAGCUCCAACAGCAUCAACUUAAAGGGAAUGGGUGUAGGCAAUGGAAUGACCAGCUAUGCUCUCAAUGACCAGUCCCUUGUCUACUUCGGAUACUAUCAUGGCCUUUUCGGAGACAACCUGUGGAGCACACUGAACCAGUACUGCUGCUCUGGAGACUCCUGCAACUUCUACAGCAGCUCCAACAGCAACUGCCAGGACGCGGUGUAUCAGGCUCUCUAUGAAAUCCAGGACAUCGGCCUCAAUAUCUACGACCUGUACUCUGAGUGCUAUGGUGGCGCAGGGUACAGCGGUCUCUAUGCUGCCGAUACCUCCAACCUCUUCCGCAAUUACAAUUUCCGUUUCCAGGCCCCUGUGGAGGCCUCCAUCCCUGGAGACCCUCGCUGUAUCAACGGCACAGCAAUGUAUUACUGGCUGAACACCCCAGCAGUGCGCGCAGCUCUGCACAUCCCCAGCUUCGUGCAGACCUGGGAGCUGUGCAGCCAUACGGUGGGCUCCCUGUAUCAGAGGACCUACCAGGACAUGACCUCGUUCUAUCAGGACCUCCUCCAGAAGAACCUGCAGCUGCUGGUGUACAACGGAGACGUGGACAUGGCCUGCAACUUCAUUGGGGCCAAGUGGUUCGUGGAAUCCCUCAACCAGCAGCUCGUGAGCCAGUACAAGCCUUGGUUUUACAAUGACCAGAUUGCAGGCUAUGUGGAACAGUAUGAGAAGAUCACAUUCCUCACUGUCAAGGGUUCUGGCCACAUGGUCCCCCAGUACAAACCGGGACCAGCUCUGCAGAUGUUCCAGAACUUCCUCUCCAACUCCUACUGACGUUAACUAAUGCUGCUUCUGUAGAUACAGGCCAUCCUAAUCAAAAUGUAUGAUCAAUUUAAAGAAAAAAAGAUCAUGUACAUAAUCCGUUUCUGUCAUUUCUGUAUAUAAUAGCAACUCCAGAAAUCAUUGUGUACCGGCAAUUAAAGUUGAAAUACAAAUGAAACUUGUUGUUUUUUCCCUUUCCUGCACGUCUUUUAAAUUGCUGAGCUGCAACACAGCUUUUUCUACAAUUAAGGGGAUCCCAGAACAGACAAUCCUUAAA